AUGGGUCUUUUCUGGCGACCUGAAGUCCUUGGAAACGCCUUUGCAGGGGAUACGAUCGAUGCCUUCAAUGAUCUCCUCAAGGACCCAAAGGGAAACGUGAGGAGUGGACCGAGAUUGAAUCCAGCGCUCAAAGACCGGGUCGUGCCAGACGCUGGUCCUGAUGGACCUCGAAAGUUGGUUGCUAAGGCUCUGAAAUUCGCACAUCCUCGUGACCUCGAAGUUGUCAACUCUACUUUGGCUCCCACAGCCACAUGCCAUGGUUUCUCAUUCACUCUCCCUCGUCAUGACACCUUGGCUGCUAUCGCUCGUACUCGACUUGACUCUGCUCUUCCUGCCCAAGACGGGCACAUGGAUUCAUUCUACGACAAUUCCAUGCUCUCCUCCAUCGACCCCAAUGCCUCUCUCGGACAGCUCUCGACCACCAGAGAGGUUCCCCGAGGUAUGACCUCCGCUUCUGAGAUCCAGUAUCACGGUGUCACCCUCACAUGCUGGAUGCACGUCGACGCUGUUCGUCUAACCCGGUUGAAGCAGAUCAAGAAAGGGGUCAAGCUCGCUUCCGGCCUAGGCUCAGUCGCUUCGUCCGUCCCUGGAGCGGUGGGUAUGGUGGAAGAGAAAUUAGCCAGACGACGGAACAACAUGCCGUGGAUGAAAAACUCUGCCGCUGGUUCUGAAGCAGAGGUGACUGGUAGCGAAACCGAAACGGGAGCAACGGACUCUGAGAUGGAAGGACCUCUAGGUAGAAGAGCUAUGAAGAACGCCAUGCGCAAUGUUAGGACGGCAACCGAGGACAUGAGCUUGCCGAUGGGCGAUGGUGCUGAGUUUGAUGAUCCGGGAGAUGUGUUCUGGUUGCCUUACUGCAUUACCUUGGUUUCUCGAUUCCCAAUCUAUGACACUAUGCAGGACUUCCUUCGCCUCAGCCAGGCAAAGUUGCACAUGUCACAAGUCCUUAAAAUCCUCAAUGCUGAACCGCCCCGUCCUGGGGAGCGAUAUCAUCUGACCAUCGGUUUGAACCAAAAUGAUGAGACUACUCUUGAAGGUCACAUGCCUGGCGCACUUGACUUUGACAAAGGUCUCGUCAAAGUCGACAUGCAACUGUGGCCCCUUUUCCAGGCCUUAGACAUCGACCACAUUCUCUUUUGCAUCGAUGUGGCCCUGUCCAACUCUGGUAGGGUGGUAUUUUGCUCGAAACAUGUCGCAAUGCUCAACAUCGCUGUAAGCGCAUUGAAAUAUAUAGUGGAGAUGAGAGGCUGGGAAGGAAUAGCUUUACCUGUUCUCCAUGCUAGGGAUUCCACUCUUCUGAUUGAAGACCCUGGACCUUAUAUCAUUGGUCUGACCAGUGAAUGUCGAUACGUCGUAGCGCCUCCUGCUGAGGUGGUCGUGGUGGACCUCGAUACCAAGUCACCGCCGGCCAACGUCGUCACUCCAAAACAUAAGCGCGACAAGGCUCGUACCAAGAUUCGAAACGCCCUCGGGCCGUCUUACCCGGUGGAGAAAAGUAUUCCCAUGGAGUUCAAAGUCUCGUACCCCACUUCGGCGUUUAGGAACUUCAACAAGAUUUACAAUACUAGAGAUCAGGAACGACCUCGUUAUCUGGGUGACAGGUUCAAACCUCCCGGGUGGUGGAAGCACGCGGAAGUGCUCAGCGUAUUUGAUAAAGUUAUGCACGACAAGGUAUCUGGAAUCUCCUCCUUCUGCGUGACCCUGGCUCAUCGUCUAGUACAUUAUGUGGAAACUCGGGAUGACCUUGAGCUCAAGGUGGCAAGGAUCAACAGACGAUUGUUGAAACUCAUGCAAGAGGGAGAGCAUUGGAAACAGCAAUUCGAGACAUUUGAAAAAUACGCCGAUCGUUUAGCACAAGAGGCCAAUGAGUUGAAGACCAAGAUCGACAAGGAGAAACGGGAAGCGCGGAGGUUGUCAAAUCUCGCGACUGAGCAAGGCAAAGCCAAGGUGGAGCUGGAGGAUAGAUUGAAAAGAACAGAAGAUGCUCGUGCUGAAGCGAUGCGUCAGCUGUCGGACAUGAACCAAAUGAUCCAAGAACUGGAACGAGAUCGGGAAGAAAUCAUGGACGUUUUCGAAACUCAAAUCAAUGGUGUAUUACAACAUCUACCUCCUGGUUCCCCCCUUUCUUCUUCGCGCGCGACGACACCUGCCCAAUCUAUCAACUCCCCAGCUGGAAGAUCCAUGACCUUGCCCUCUCGUGGCCGACCCCUCACACAACAGAGCAACAUGACUUCUUUGUCUCAAUUGACCGGAGGGACUGUACGCUCUCACGUCAUGGACGCAUUGGACCGCGUGAGAGCUGGGGGAAGUAUGACUGACCGAUCUGGACUUCCUGAAGGCGACAAGGCAAUGUUCGACCGUAGCGAUGCUAUAGCUCAUCGAAUCAUGAGUAUCCAGGCUAAGCUCGAACUUGCUCUUAACUCCGUUACCGGUCAA